GUUUGCGACGUAAAUUGUCGACACGUGUUGAGCGCGUAUUUCACUAUUGUAAGAAAAUACAUAGAAAAUGGGGUUUCUUGGAUUAGACGUGUUCGAUGAAGUGAAGCGAAUGAACAAAAGACAAAUAUACUACCAGGUAUUAACUAUUGCCAUGGUCGUGGCUUCUGCUCUGAUGAUUUGGAAGCUUUUGGUGGUAUUGAGUUAUAGUGAAAGCCCCUUAGUAGUGGUCUUGAGUGGUAGCAUGGAGCCUGCUUUUUACCGCGGUGACGUACUAUAUCUAACAAAUUAUCCCGAUGAACCUAUCCGAGUGGGUGACAUUGUUGUCUUUAAAAUAGAAGGCAGGGAAAUUCCAAUUGUCCAUCGUGUGCUUAAACUGCAUGAAAGCGUUAAUGGUUCCAUUAAGUUCCUCACUAAGGGAGAUAACAAUCCUGUUCAUGAUCGUGGUUUAUAUGCUCCUGGUCAAGAUUGGUUGACACCAUCUCAUCUGAUAGGACGAGCAAGAGGCUUUAUACCUCAUGUUGGACAAGUUACUAUUAUCAUGAAUGAAAAUCCCCGACUGAAGUACGGUGUCUUGGGCGCAAUGGGUAUCUACUUAUUCUUAAACAGAAAUCAAGACUAACGCUAUGCUUGUACAAAUGUACAUAGUUUAUACUUACUACUUCCUUUUCCACUUCCACUCGACCUCCACCCCACCCCACCCCUGCAUCCUCCUGCUCUUCUUCUUCGUUGUCGUCGUCGUUUUCGUCGACGACUUUCUUACUCUAUGUAUAAUUUGCAGUCAUUUCACAAGAACAAAAUUUGAUAAUUCGUUUUGUUGUGUUUUUGUCACUUUUGUUGUUGUUACUUUCGAGGCGCAGACAAACAUUGUCACACUUUGAUAUGACUAUACUAUUUUUAUUAUUACUAUUAUUUGUUUGUUUUAAAAAAAAAGUCUAUUGUUAUCAAACGCGCUUGGUUGAUCUGGACAUCAUGUCGUCUUUUUUCUUGUUUUUGUUUUGUUAUUUUUAUUAAUCUUUUAAAAGUAAAAUAUGGUCUUUCAGAUGUCUUUAAGUGAACGGUGUUUUAGACAAACUGUAUUGCUGACAAAAAAAGGCAGAUAGUAUUCGA